CAAAUUUUGGAAGUUAUGAAUUCACAUGUUGUGCAAAUUUUGGAGUUUUGUUAGUUAUUCAAGAAUUUGUACAAAUUUAGCAGUUUGAUGAUUCAAGAAUUAUGAAAUUUGGUAGAUUUAUGACUUAAAUGUGGAAGUUUUCUGAAUUGAAUCCAAGAGUUUGGAAAAUCAUUAUUAUGAAAUAUAAAUUUGUUGUUACAAAAUGCAACUCAAAUGAUGUAAAAUAUGUUUGAAAAUGGAUGUCUUCAUACAUAUUUUUGACACGACAGUUUCAGUAUAUUUGGUAUGGUUGUUUAUACUGUAUGUCCUUCAAAGUUGUUUUUGGCUGAAAUUUUUAAACUGUGAUCCACAUGGUUGAAAUUUUCAUAUUAAAUAUAAAUAAUUUCUAGCUCUGGAACUCGGGACUUAAGUAGCAUGUGACAUGCUGUGAUGAGUAUGGAAUUCUAUCACAGGAAACAAAGAACAUGAGGACAAAACAAGUUCUUUUUGCUCUGUCUUAGCGGCAUGUUGAUUUUGGUUGUCACGGAAAUCUCUGACUAGCUGCGAGAGGUCAGAAUGGUUUGGUUUGCGUACGUUGCUAAUCCGCGUAUUACGGAUGUUUCCAAGACUUCAGCAUCAGAGAGCUCCACAGUCAAACAGGUUCGAGGAGGUAGUGUUUAUGUGGCAGUGAAUGACACAGCGAAAAAUGUGACGUCAGCUAUAAUAACGGGCACCAGCAUCGCAGAGAAGAAAAAACGGACGAACAAGUACACAGUUGCCGUGGGAACCACACAUGGACACAUUCAAGCCUUUCUAGAUGACUCUGACUGUGUAUUGUCUGCCCUUGAUGGGUGUAAAGCUGAGGAGAAGUGCUUGAUGCUUAUUAAGAAACCCAAGGCGUCAUCAAAGCAGAUGUUGAAGUCUCAUAGCUGGGCCAACCUGAGUGUGUCAGACUCACAGCUCUACCUACAGCUGGAUGGCUCUCUACACGUCGACACACGCAGACACAAAUACAAAUGGAAGAAAAAACCUGACCAGACUAAGUCUGACUGCAGCAAGGAUGACCUGGUUCCGAAACUGUACGACACAAUUCCACGCAAAGGUCAGUCAGUCCAGUCCUGGCGCGAUGAUGUCAACUCACGGCUUUUUCCCGCAACCAAUGGAACCGGUCGACUGGUUGACAACUGGCCAGCUCAGAAUGGCAUAAGUCAGAGGUCAAGGUCAGAUCGAGAGAUAAACAACAACAUGACGAAUAAGUCGGAGAAUUACAUGUAUCACAGUUGUAUCGAAUUACCCACAAUGCCCGCCAUGCAGGAGUCCGAGGAGGAUUAUGGGAGAAUCGGAAAUGAUCAACUUUAUUCACAGGUGAACGGUAACGAUGAUGCAGAUCCCGAGAACUCUGACCAAGUGUCCAGGUGUCACAGCCUAGGUGACCUCACCACCGGUCUGACCUUGUCCGUGAUCGGGCAGAAGAAAGCAGACAGCAUGCUGAAUCUGUCGCAAUUUCCUAACAAUGUCAGGAGACCGAAUCACUCAACUCCUGGUCCUAGCAGUGUUGCGCGUCAAAAGGACCACAGAACUGACGCCAGAACUAAUGAAACGAAACACAUCCCAAAUAAGGAAAGAAAUAGCUCCCAAGGUCAUUCUCAAGGUCACCCACAAGGUCAUUCUCAAGGUCACCCGCAAGGUCAUUCUCAAGGUCACCCGCAAGGUCAUUCUCAAGGUCACUCACAAGGUCGUUCAUCUCAGCAGAGUGUCGGGUCAGACCAAGGCCGUUCUUCGGUCAGUAGUUCCAUGUCGAAUGGGAAAACGAAACGUAGUUUGCCCCACGUGCCGAUAAGCGAACAGACGGAGCGAAUUAAACGAUUCACAGAGUUGAUGAAAGCCAGGAUGGCGUUACACAGCAGCACGGGCCAGAGCACAUCUCCGCAGUCCCCUCACACACCCCUAGAUUCAGGAAAGUCUUCCAUCGUUCCGGAGUCGUGUUCUAGUUACGAGGUGUCAGAACUUCUUCAAGGCAGUCAGACAUAUCAGCAGGCAGAGAGUGAGAAACAUUCGUGUGGCAGAUUUGUGACUCAAACUUCAGGGAAAAGCAACUAUUCCAAGACGGAAUACAAGCAAAACUGCUUGAACAAUCAAAAUGUGUAUUUGAAUUCAAAUCCUACUAACUUGACCAAUCGUAAUUCAAAUUCUAACAGCUUGACCAAUCACAAUUCACAUUACAAUCCUGCAGCCAAUGGGACACUGAGCAGGCACAAUACUGGACCUCCUCCUGAAAGAAGAAGUGAUUCAGGGCAGACAACUCUGACGUCUCAUUCACACAGCAGUACAAUGGAUUCUGGGUAUGCUACAAAUGACUGUGAGGGAGAUCUGUAUUCUCUGUCAGCCCAGACGGGCUCGACUGUACACCGAACAGGAAAUCAGCUACAGAAACCACAUUUUCACCACAACAGUUCAAACACAGAUGGUGCAUACGUUCAUAACUCUGAACAGGCGAAACGGAAGAGCUCACAGCUAGUUCAGCAGGAGAAAACGAGGGUGUGUGGUUCAAAUGAGACAAACAGAACUAACGGAAACUUCCAGAGCUUGAAUAACAAAGCCUGUGAAGAGAGACGCAGAGAGUUUUCAACAGACACUUCUAGCAAUAAGUCUCUCCACAACCAGUUCAGACCGAUAUGUGAAAACAAUUCAGCCAAUCAGAUUUACCAGUCAGUUGCGCAGUGUGAUUCCAAAAGGAAGGUGAUUGGUGAAUAUCCCAAAGAAACUUUGUCAGCAGCCAAUCAGAGUGUACAUAACAGUGGAAGUCAACAUCAUCAGGAUGGUCACCUUGAGUUUGUGAGAAACGAUUUUCAAAGAAAAAACAAUGGUUUCCACGGUUACCAUGAACACGAAAGGAUCGAAAACCGUCAUCCAAUGGGUUUUCGGAAAAAUCACUACCAGAGUCUUGAUAAUAUCUAUCAAAUGAACAAUCGCGGAAUCCAGCACCCUACCUCAAGACAGGUCCCCGUCAGACAUGGGACUGAUUUACAGAAUGGCUAUCAAACGUACGCACGACAAAACCGGAGAAGCAUGACUCAAGUCUCUCAGAAUGUACCAGAAACAAAUGGGAAUAAAUCUGGUCAUAGGCGAGCGAGCGAACCAAACAGAAACGUGUCAAACUGGAAGAGUGGCAGUGAUGCUGUUUUCCACCAGUCAUUGAAUAAUUCAUUUAAUUCGGAAAACAAUGCGGAGAAUUCUGAGCAGUUUGCAGAUCAAGUUCGUGAUGUGAGUCACCGAAUGCGCGACCAUUUUGUCGGUGGUAACAGACACAUGAAUCUUCAACUAGACUCUAGAACUGGAUCAUCGGAGUUUAACAGAUUCAGUACGUUGCCGGGAGGAUUCAAGUUCCAGACGAAUCUCGAAGAAGAACAAAAAUCAUCCACAGUAAAAAACCCAACACUGCAUCAGUUAUCCCAGCUUUACACGUUCCAUCCAAUCAAAAUUGUGUUAGCCAAGUCUCCAUUCAAUGAGAAAGUCUCUAGCUCUCCACCAAACGAGGAAAGAAAAUCUUCAGAAGGGUUGACCUUGGCUGACAUUGCCAUAAAGCUUCCUGGCUUCCAGGAUGCUGCUUCAAAGGAUUCAGGGAUGGUUUCCUCUCCUCAAGGCAAUUACGCCAAACUCGGAGGUCCUGGUAGCGCUUUCCGUCCGGUUCGAAAUCCCGGAAAUAAUACAGCCAAGGUUAUCUCAGUACAGGAAGUGAGCGAAGAAAUGCAGAAAAAAUGCAUGAUGGGAAAUCUGAUGGCUGGAGAUUUACUUGUGGAGAUGAACGGCAGAAUGCUCUUGGGUGCCGAUGCAAGCAUCAUCCAAAAAUCACUGGAAAUCAUUCAAGGGGAGAUAACUCUCACAGUGGCAAGAGAAAAGUACCACCAAGAAGUUAAGACUAACACGGAUGACAAUGAGGACUCUAGCACACCAAGUGUCAAGGCGUUGGAGAAAGAAAUUGAAUAUCUUCGAUCAGAAAUCAUCGCACGAGACAACAAAAUCUCUGAACUUCAGUCGGUGCUUCCACGCCCCGAGAACGCAUCACCCCUCGUGGAAAAGAUGAUUCUGAAUGGCAUUAUAGACGGGAUUGAAAUGAGCGACGAUGAAUUCAUUGUAUAAAACAUUUUGAAAACUGAAUGGAAAAAACAAAUACUCCUAAACUAAGGGCUGUAUCAGAAUUAUUCACAUGACUUUAUUUCAAUGAAUGUUUUUUUCAUGCUGCUGUUAAAAAAAAAUUACAUUUCAGGUUGGGUUUUUUUUUUGUGUGUGCUUAUAUCCGAUGAUGGUUCAAGUACGUUAUCCUGGACAUAGAAAGGAAUUGAAAUUACUGACAAUGAAUUCAUGUGUCGAUGGAAAAAAUAAAUACAACUAAACUAAGAUCUGUUUCAGAAUUAAUCAUUGUUAUUUUAUUUCAAUUUAUUCUUUUGCCUAUAUCCCACAAAGAUUCAAGUGCACAUUAAUAAAUUUAAAUGAAUGAUGAUGAAUUCAUUGUAUAAAGAUUUUUGAAAACUCGAUUAAAAAAAUAAAUAUUAUCUUACUAAAGGCUGUUUCAGAAUUAAUCACGUGAUUUUAUUUCAUUUCAAUUUAUUUUUCAUGCUUAUAUCCGAUUAAUGUUCAAGCAUGUUGUUCUGGGCACACACUUGAGCUAUCUGAGCUUUCUGUCCAGGACAGUAGGUUAGUUGUUAGAUGUUGAUGGAUAGUGAGAGAGAAGUUAAAUUGAUUUAAUAGCUUUUUCAAACUGUUAGACACCAAAUAGAUGUAAUUAAAAUGUGCUGAGAUGUCAUUAAACAAACAUUCCUUUCCUUUAUGCACUGAGCUGUGCACUCAAUCUGGCUAGAAGCAUUUAACGUGGUUCAUGUGAUCGUAUCUUUAACGUGGUUCAUGUGAUCAUAUCUUUAACAUGGUUCAUGUGAUCAUAUCUUUUACAUGGUUCAUGUGAUCGUAUCUUUAACAUGGUUCAUGUGAUCGUAUCUUUUACAUGGUUCAUGUGAUCGUAUCUUUAACGUGGUUCAUGUGAUCGUAUCUUUAACAUGGUUCAUUUGAUCAUAUCUUUAACGUGGUUCAUGUGAUCUUAUCUUUAACGUGGUUCAUGUGAUCAUAUAUUUGACAUGGUUCAUGUGAUCAUGUCUUUAACGUGGUUCAUGUGAUCAUAUCUUUAACGUGGUUCAUGUGAUCAUAUCUUUAACAUAAUUUGCAGUAUAAGAAUGCUUACUUGUCUAAUUUGAUUAUUAACAUGUACAUUGUACAAACUCGAUAACUAAGUAUUUUGCAUUUUGACCAGCCACAUUUAUUUUUGUGUUUCAGAAAUAUUUUAAGCAAGCACACUCAGUAUGUAAUCAAUGUUACCUAUAAUUUUUGUAGCAUCCAAUGAAAAUAGCUGUUGCAUAAACUGCUGACAACAUUAUAACACCAUUAAUUAUCUGGGACCAGUUUCACAAAACAUCAGAUAGGGGCGUCGGGUUUCAGACAGGGGUGUUGGGUUUCAGACAGGGGCGUCGGGUUUCAGACGGGCGUCGGGUUUCACAUAGGGGCGUCGGGUUUCACAUAGGGGCGUCGGGUUUCAGACAGGGGCGUCGGGUUUCAGACAGGGGCGUCUGGUUUUCACAUAGGGGCGUCGGGUUUCAGACAUGGGCGUCGGGUUUCAGACGGGCGUCGAGUUUCAGACAGGGGCAUCAAGUUUCAGAUAGGGGCAUCGGGUUUCAUAUAGGGGCGUCGGGUUUCAGAUAUGGGCGUCGGGUUUCAGAUAUGGGCGUCAGGUUUCAGAUAUGGGUGUCAGGUUUCCAACAGGGGUGUUAGGUUUCUUCUUGCUGCAUUUGUACUUGGAAAAAACAAGUUUAACGUUAUGAGUGAACUCCCAAAAUAAUCCAUAUAAAGGUAUGUGGAAUCAGAUUUAAGAAAAGCGGUGCAUUUUAGACACAGUAGUUUCUUGUACUUGUUUUUCACUUCAAAAUUGAUCAUUUUUAACAAUAAGCAUACUCUAGCCCCAUUGUAAUAUAAACAGAAUAGGGCUAUAGGGGACAUGAGAUAAUCAUUACCUAACUUGGUCUUCCACAAUGAUACAGUUUUAUGUGUCGAAGGAUAAAAUGCUAGCCAUAAAUGUAAACUUACGAUGUAUUGUGAAACUGUUUCCGGAAUACUUAAUGAAAAUAAAACCUUGGUGAUCUAUGGAAAAAUUGAAAGGUGCAUUCUCAACAUUGCAAAUGGACCAACAAAAUAGUUCUUGAAAAUAUAUACACUACAAAGUUGAAAGUGUCAUAUUCCACUGUUUUUACAUGUAUUUCUGAUAAAUAACUACAAAUAAAUUGAUCCCACAUAAUCUUUAGAUAAUUGUCUUUCUGUCAGUGCAUCACGACUGGUAUAUCAAAGGUCGUGGUAUGUGCUAUCCUGUUUGUGGGAUGGUGCAUAUAAAAGAUCCCUUGCUACUAAUGGAAUUUGUUUUUAGCAGGUUUCUUCUCUAAAACUAUAUG